GCGCAGGGCGCUCCCGGCGCGGGGCGGCAGCAGCAUGGGCCGGUGGGGCUGCACCGCGCCCCCUCUGCCUGCGCGCCCCGGCGCCCCGCACCGCCCGCCCCGCUAGGGACGCUGCGCACCGCCAUGGGCUCCCACCUGCCGCCGCAGCAGCAGCGCCCGGAGCCCCAGCUGGUGCUGCAGCUGGCGGCCGGGGCUCGUCAGGCGCAGAACUUGGAGCUGUCGGGCGGCGGCCUGGGGCCCGAGUGGCAGGUGCUGCUCGGGCGAGCCGAUGCACUCGCCUACGGCGGGCGGCUGCACGAAGCCCUGCCGCUCUACCAGCUGGCGUCCCGCCACCAGCAGCUGCGGGCGGAGCAGUUGGAGAAGCUGGUGGAGUGCCUGGCGCAGAGCGUCCGGAUCAAAGAGGGGCUGCCCGCCGCCGGGAGCGGCCCCCCGCAGCCCCGCGAGUGGGAUGUCUUCAGGUGCCGCAAAUGCCAGGGCUUCCUCUUUGAGCCCGUUUCCUUGCCUUGCGGACACACGUUCUGCAAAAAGUGCCUGGAGAGGGACCGGGCGGCCGAGUCCCGCUGCGUUCUGUGUAAGGAGGAGGGCAGCGCGGCGGCCGGGCAGCUCCUGCGGGUCAAUGUCAUCCUCAGCAACCUGCUGGCCAAGUGGUUCCCCUGCCAAGUGAAGGCUUCGCAGCUCAGGCACGAAGGGAACCUCCUCUAUAAAGAGAAGAAGCUACAAGCCGCCCUGCAGAAGUACAACGAAGCGGUCAGCCUAGCUCCAAAUGACCACUUACUGUACAGCAACCGGUCCCAGAUUAACUCUACUUUGAAAGCUUGUGAAGAUGCAUUGCAUGAUGCCGAAAUGGCGUGCAGACUGCAGCCGAACUGGUUGAAAGGUCACCUGAGGAAAGGACAAGCAUUAGCUAAUCUGGGGAAAACAGAAGAAGCUUUAAGAGAGUUUCUAUUCUGCCUUGCUCUAGAUACUGGGAACAAGACUGCCAAGUCUGAGGCACAAAAGGUAAAUGUGGAACAGAAAAAGGGUUUUCCCAUUCAAGAGGAAUCAAAUGUAGCUACUUCUGGUAGUUUGAAGAAAUCUAUACAAAUUACAGAGAGCAAAAAGGACUGCUCGGAGGAGGAGAACAAGCUCAGCUCCAUGCCAGAGUCUGCCUUUCUCUUACCUGAGAAGCGCAGCCUCCUGAAGCGGAAGUGCUGCGCGGAGGAGACGCGGAAUGCUGAGGUACCCUGCAAACUGCCCAAGAAAGAUACAGCUGAUACAAAGGGAAAUAGUACUGGACAACAUACUCCAUUUGAAUUUGUGGAUCCAUCAGAUUUGGACUGCUCCCUGUGUAUGAGGCUCUUCUAUGAACCCGUCACAACACCUUGUGGACACACCUUCUGUCUCAAAUGUCUUGAGAGAUGCCUGGAUCACAACCCAAAAUGUCCCCUGUGCAAGGAAGGGCUCUCAGAGUGCUUGGCCAUGAGGAAAUACUGUAAAACAGUACUAAUGGAGGAGUUAAUAGCUAGAUAUCUUCCAGAGGAACUCACUGAAAGAAGAAAGAUUUAUGAAGAGGAAAUAGCAGAGCUUUCCAAGUUUGCAGAUUAUGGCUGCAUUCUGGAGAUAAGAAAUGUUGAAUUCUUUGCUGAUGGUCGCUCUGUUGUGGACAGCAUCGGCAAGAGGAGAUUUAAGGUGAUAGAGCACAGCCAGCGCGAUGGCUAUAAUACAGCAGAUAUCGAGUACAUUGAGGAUCAAAAGGUGCAAGGACAAGAGUAUGCUGCAUUACUUGUUCUCCAUGAUUCUGUCUAUGAUCAGGCAUAUAUGUGGUUUAACUCCCUCAAGCAAGCACUCAAAAGUCGAAUUCUCAGUCAUUUUGGUCCAAUGCCAGCUAAGGAUCCUGACCCACAGUCUAACCCUAAUGGGCCAGCCUGGUGCUGGUGGGUCCUGGCUGUCCUUCCCCUAGAGAACAGGGCUCAGCUCCCUUUCCUCGCCAUGAAGUCCCUCAAAGACCGCUUGAAUGGCAUCAGACGUGUCCUUACGUUCAUGUCUCGUACAAGAUCACGGUGAUGGUGAGGAGAGCUGCGAAGUCUCCCGCAGUACUUGACUGUAGACUGUCUCUUGUAACUUCAGCUAACUGCAAUAAUGUCUUACAGAUUUGAGUGUCAGGAUGUUUCAAGCCCGAAUUUCAAAGAAAAUGAGUUAUAAAGAGCAAGGGAAGUUUAUGGAUACUUCAAUAGUUUCCUUUUGGAACUCUGAGAUGAUUAUUCAAUCACUGCACUGCUAAAUUUAUAACAAAUGUGAUAGAACAAAAAGUGAUCUUGUUUGCCAUAAACCUUUUAAAAAGCUUAAGGGGUUUUUUAAUUUAUUUUAUUUUUAUUUUUUUAGUGGAUGAGGGAUAAACUGUGCAGUUUAAUGUGAAGCAGAAAUAAUAACGUUAAUGCAUUAUUUCAGUGAACUGCAAAGUCUUUUAUUCCAAAUGGUUCAGGUUUUAUAUAGCAUUGUGUAAAAUAAUGUUCACAACUUCUGUUUGAUAAUUUAUUUUUGCACUAUGAUGUUUUGUUUCAAAGUGUUUAUUAUUUAUGUGUUCAUUCUCUAAAGGAAAAUGAGCUGCUCUAUUUAUAGUGUUUUUACCCUGUAUUUAUCACUGAGGGCAAAAUGAUGAUUCUAGCAGUGCAUGAGCAACUGCUUUCAUAACUUUUCAGAUAUUUGUGUUCAAAUACUUUGUUUUUCUACUUAUCCCCAGUCCUGCUGUGGCUUAAGAAGGACUUUUCCCCCCGAACCAGCCUGCCAUGAAGUCUUUGAAUACACACAUUAUGUCUGAGAUAAUUCCAGCACAGUUUUUGGAGCCUGAUCCUCUGCUCGCGACCAGGUUCCUGCUGUCACAAACCAGUCGCACAGAUGCUGAACCUCAAGCGUGUUUAAGUGCUUGGGCCAGUUCAGGUAUGGAGCAGUUGAGGUCAGUGGGAAUCGGCCAUAGUGGUGACAGAAGGAUCUAUCCCCUAAUUUUUCAGAAAACAGAGAAUAACUUGGAGUUGAAUUUAUAUCUGAACUCUUUCUUGCAAGAACCAGAUAAUGGCUACAAACAACUGUGAAGAAAGAGCCACAAUAUAUGAAAAGUGGCUUCUACAGAAAACUGGAAGUACUGGUAGCAUUUCAUUGUGGGUUACUACAUAGUUGUGGGGUUUUUUACAUCAACUCAUGUUGCUGUUAAGAUCAGUUUUAUUUCUUUUUUAAUUGUUUGGUAGGAUUUGGCUUUGGAGAGUGUGUGUGUGUGGGGACAGGGGGAAGUUUUUCAGCUUUAGGGACUCAGAGAGCAGUUUGUGUCACAUGAGAAGGAAUAUGUUGUAAUAAAUGCUAUUUAUUUCACCCCGAUCUUCAGGUUCCUGCUAGCUUCAAAUCUCUGCCCAGCCACUGCAUUUCUCUUCAGAGACUGGGUAGUCUUGCUAAUAAUAGUUAACUCCCAAGGAAAACAAGUAAAUUUUAGCAUGAUUACUUGUAGCUAUAAAACAGGUAAAAAUAGGGCAGAAAUGAGAACAGGAAGUAUCUUGGCUUUGAUUUUUAAUUUUUUUUAACAACAGUUCAUAUACUUGUUUUGCUGCUUUUAUUGCUCCCUGUGUACUGCUUUCUAGACGGGAUCUUGCCUCCAUCUGACUUUGACUUUCACGGAUUUCAAUGUAAGCAGAUCUGGGCCUUUUAUUCUAAACUACUGUUUUCCUUUCCAGUGGCAAAGAAUAGAUUGAAUUGCGAAUGUUAUGGAAUGCUACAAAUUUAUUUGUUUACCCAGAAUAGCAGUCUGCCAUUCCAUGCCUUUAUGGAAAAAUGCAGUAGAAUUUAAUGCCAGUUUUAUGUGCGUUUUUCCAUCAUUUCAUCAGAAAUAAUUAUUACUUAAAAGUAAUUUCCAUACUGUUCAGUCUCCAUAAAAAUACCUUUGUUCCCUCUCUUGUUAAAUUCUAUAGAACUUUUCCAUAAGGGUACCAAAGAAACAAAUGGAAGAUAAACAUGUUUCAGUCUUGUGAUGCAAAUGGAAUAUGUAUCCUUGUGUUUGCAUUGAGCUGCUCUAGAAAUGCUACAACUUAUUUCCAUAUGCUAGAUUGCUGCACUUCUUCCAUACCAUAGGUGGUACCUAACGUGCUUCUCUGUAAAUAAUGUAUAGAAAUACAUACAUGUUCUGAUUAAUAACAAGUGUAUGGUGGCUGACACCUGCUAUGGCAUUUGUCUUCGUAAGUCAAUAACAAAGUGAUUUCUACUUGUUUGGAAGUGAAGCUGCAUUAAAUGCAAUUCUUCCUUAAACCAUUAUGUAUUAUUGCAUAGCAUAAGGGGCCCAUAUUGCUCCCACAGAAAAAGCUGUCACUUUGCUACUCUUACCUGUGAGAAAAGGACCUUAAAUAUCUAUUUUAAACUGUUUUCUCACUGACCUCAUUGUUUUUUUUCCUGCAUGCUACGUCUUCUACAUACUCAUAUUCUGCCUAUUUUGUUGAUUUAGAAAUUGGCAUGGAAACAAUCCUUGACUUGAAAAGUGAAUAUUGUCUCUUCUAUUAGCCUUGAGUAAAGCUGCCAGAAUUUCCAAAGCAGAAACCUGUGUACAUGCCCUAUAUCAUGAACGCCAAGUGCAUUUGUUGCAACCUGGAAACACUGGACCUGCCGCACAUAAUGCAUGUGCACAACAAAUCAGAUACACCACGAAGGUUCAUCUGUACGUGUACAGUACCGUUCUGUCUGUGGCUACACAUCCCAGGUUAAUAGCUGAAGUCUAUGAAUUCCACCACAAGACGAAAAUACUGAGAACAGAUUUGGUAGAGAGCACAAAGCUGUCCAGGAGCAGCUGUGCUGGGAGUGAGCUGAGAGGGCGAAGUGUCAGUAAUGAGGCUUCAAAACAAGAAGCUCUUCUAGUUAUGCCACAGUAUUGCUGACUUUUUUUUUCCAGUUGUAUUGAUCGGUACAAGGAUGUAAAUGCAACACUUAUUACAGGCAUGAAUGUACAGCUGAACAGAUUUUUUUUUAAAUAGCUUCACUUCUAAUUAUAGAAACAGCAUUGAUCAGAUAAAACACUAAUUGGGGGAGUAUUUUAUUGAAGCUUCUCACAUUUUCUAGAUACCAGAUCCAGUCCCAUAACCAGACUUGCUCAUCUGUUAAAAAAAAACCCUGACUCAGACUCACAUUUCCUGUGUGGCCAGAAGUAUUGAUUAAUCUUUAUUAGGAGGGCAUUAGGCAUGCACAGGCUUCUUGCUUGUUCUUCAAAUAAGUUAAUUUCCAUUGACCCCAGGUCACUGAGUUCAGAUUACUGAAAUCAAUAUACAUUUUUUCCCCAGGAAAUGUGAUCAGUCCCCCCUUUUUUUAAAAAUAAAGUGGAAUACAAAAGGCAAAUGUUCUGUACUAUAGGGGCAGAGAGGGAAUCAAGAAUAGGUCAAACUAAAACUAAGUUCCAGUCUCCUGGGCAGCAGCACCUAAACAUCUCCUCGAGACUUCUUGAAAGUUUUAGGCUUGCAUUUGAAAGAUACGGUUUUGUUAAUUUGAAACAUCUUCACUUUUCUAUAAGUAUUUAACAAAAUACAUUAAAACAAAUAACAAGGACUGGCUGUAUCACCUUUCCAAAUCCCUGUACAUAGACAUUAUAAGGUUUCUAAUUAAAAACAGAAGUUUGCUGCAGGAAUUAAUAGUAAUUUUUCAUUCCCAUACACAGACAGAUGACACUCAAUAACUUUGUCUUAUAUGCUCCUCUGUCUAGCAAUAACUUAUGGGGAUAUGUUUCCAUGAAAACAGCUGUUAUCUUGGUUGAAAGUAUCCUGAGACAGGGCUGGAUUAAUAGGAAAAAUCAUGAAACCUGAUAGUAAACUCAGACACAGUUGUGGAAAGUAGUUCAGUAGUUUUAAUAAUGAAAUUAUAAGAUGGUAUGGUAGGCCAUUAUCAUGUUAUGUCUUAAGUGACAUUCUGGUUUUAGUUGUGAAAGUCCCUCUUUUGUUUUCAUUUGAAGUGCUGGUGUCUUAUCUUCCACAUGUUGCAGCAAUAAGAGAUCCCAGCUGUCACACUGUCUGUCCUGUGUGACUGCUGACUGACAGAACACCUGAACUGUGGAUUUCUGAAUCCAAAGAUUAUUUUAAUCUCAGUAAAAUCAUCUGGAUUUGGAUAUAACAGCUCUGGCUUAAUCUGUGCUGUAGAGAAAGAGCUUUAUAAAAUUAAGUUUUGCUUUAGAUGGUCUUCUCAUAGAAUACUGGGUUGAAAGGGACCUCAAGAAUCAUCUGGUCCAACCUUGCCUGGCAAAAGCACGGCCUAGGCAAGCUGGCCCAGCGCCCUGUCCAGCCCAAUCCUAGCAGUGUCCAAUGCUGGGGAAUGCACCGCUUCCCUGCGGAGAUUAUUCCAGUGGCUGAUUGUUCUCAUUGUGAAAAAAUUUCCUCUUAAUGAUUUCUACUUGGUGCUGACGUUUUACUGGUGUUUAAUGACAGGAGUUAUAUUUAAAUGCACUGUUUAGGAAUGGAGAACAUGUUCACAAACUCUUAUUUUUAAAAGAAGCGUAGAUUAACUACCAGGUUUUUGUGCAUAGAAGCCCAAUGGAACUGUAUGCACUUUGGGUAGUGCUCCCCUGUUCCCGGAGUCCUCCAUCAGAUGAACUCAAGCCCUGCUUAGUUCUCAUUCAACUUGUCAGCUUCACAACUGAACUUGUAACUGGGGCAGCACCUGGUUUAGGAUCUGGGGGUUAUUCCAAAGCCCCGUAAAUCAUGGAAAGUCUGACAGCUACAGAAAAAUGGUAGUUUCAGCAAAAUCACUAUUUUGGAACGUUUAGCUAAAUAAAUAUUGCCUGGAUACAAGCAACUCUUCUGCUUAGACAGGAUUAAAAUGGUGGAUAAUAAAAGACUGAACUAUUACAUUGACUUACUCAUCCAGGUAUCAUGUGAAGUGCUUAAUAAUGUUGGAGUUUCAUAAGGUCUACAGUAACCCUCACAUAGAAGUGCCUGUAUUCUGUUAUUGCCAUUCUUGAGCUUUUUAAUAGAGUCAUAGCCAUAUAUUUUAUAAAUAUAAACAUAUGCACCUUUAAAUCUUUACAUUCAAUUUGCAGAACAAAGGUUUACAGAGCAGAAGUGUAGCAAAAACAAUGUAAUAGCUUCUAUAAUUCCCUGGGGAGGAGCAGAAGUAGAGAAAUGAGGAGCAAAGACUCUGUGUUAGAUGUCUUAAUUUGGCACCAUAUACUUGUCCAAUUUAAUUCCAUCAAGCUAUGUGGUUACAAGAGUGCCAGAACUAUCUCUAUCAAGCCAUUUGAAAUAAAAAGUUUUGUGGACUUGUAUAUUCCAUUUGUUUGUAAAACAUCCUUUUGUGCACUGUAAUGAACUUGAAAUGAAACUUUAAGUUAUACUCUCAUAUCAUUGAACAGAGUACUGUUCAGCUACCUCUACAUAAGGUUGAAGUAAUUUGUUUUUUCCAGAUUUGUUCACAUUGUCAUAUAAAAUAUAUUUUAAAAUAUCAUAGUCCAAAGAACCUGUAUGUGUUUGUAGAUGUACUUAUAACUAUGUUGUACCAACAAAGUCUGUGUGGAGAGUUGUUUGCUAAUUAAAAUUUUUGUGUUCUUUA